AUGAAAUUUCAAUCCUUUGUUCUCCUCCUCCUCCUUAUUUUGUUGGCUUCAUUCACCGUGAAUAAAGCUAUACCAGGAGGUGGUUGGACUCCCAUAAAGGACAUCACUAAUAUACAUUAUAUCAAAAUAGCUCGUUUUGCGGUCAUCCAGUAUGACAAACAAGAAGGAGCAACAUUUGAGUUUAAGACACUUAUCAAGGGUGAAUACCAAUCUUUCUCCGUCGGGACUAACUUCCGCCUCACUCUUACUGCAAGAAAUGGUUCAUCUUCUAGCAAUUAUGAAGCUGUUGUAUGGGAACCAGCAUUCGGAUUGUUAUGGAAGCUCACUUCCUUUAAACAUGUUUGA